AGAUGGCUCCUCCAAGUAAGAGAAAAUCAGCCGGAAGAGAAACUGGGUGUCUUGGCCCUGAAAUUAAAAAAGAGAAACAAGCCGAGCGCCAGCAGAGAAUCGUGGAAUUGGAGGUGGAACUUGAAGCUCGAGGGACAAAAGUCAAAGAAAUAGAGGGCGUAAUUGUCGAUUUGAGAAUCUCCAUAUCCAAUUCAGAAGCUGAAAAUUUGGCAUUAAAAAAUACAGUGAAGCUGAAAAGUGAAGUGGAAACGCAGUUGCGAGCAAAAUUACAUGAGAUUGAGCAAAUAUUCAAGAACACAAAGGUCGAACUGGAUGAGAAUAUUGAGAAGCAAAAGUUGAAUGAAGAUCAGAAAUGAGCAAAAAAUGGCCCAAACCAUUAUUCAUAAAGAAGAAGAAAAUUGCAAAAAUGUCAUAAAAGGAUUGAAAAAAUCGGAGGCUCAUGAUGGUUGUUAAAGAAGCUUACGAAAAAAGGGAAAGAUCUAGUCGAAUUCAGAAAUGCUCGUCUCCUCAGUGCUGUAUCAAUCGACUUCCAAAGAAAUUCCAAGAUCAAGAUAUCUUUUUUUGCUCACGACCUGGUUGCAGCUCAGCCUGUCAUUUUGUAUGCUCAGGCUACUACACCAUUGAGCAACGUCACAACGCUUCGCAGGCUUCUCCUGAAUGUCUGCCUUGUAGAGAAGGCGAGAUUAUGACAGUAGAUGAUCUAGUUGCACAUGUUGAUGAAGCAAUUGAAGAUAUAAGGAUACGAUUAAAAGAGGAAGAAGAGUCAUUGAAUGAAUUGAGCACAGAAAAGAAGGAGUUAGAUGAUAUACUGCAGCUUUCUAAAGGAGCAACAAAGAAGAGGAUGGAAGCAGUUAUGGCUAAAAAUGGAUGCGAUCCACGCGUUUAUUAUCAGGCACUAAAUGGAAAUCAGGUGCGAAACCUUUUCCGGCCAGCUACCAUCGAAGAACUGAUCGACGUGUUCAAGGAUCAUUUUGAUGUCGAAAACUUGCGUCUGCUCAUGCUCGACUUUGGUAAACUGAUGUCUUGGUCUAGGAGUGCUAUCCUGUCAGUUGCCGAAAUCGAAGAAAUCUCAAUUCUUUUGCAAAGUUUGAAAAGAAAUCUUCGAUUGGUGCACCCUGACUUAGGAGUGAUUCCGAAACUCCACAUCAUGUUCGCGCACCUCGUUACAUUCAUGAAACGUCACAAAACUUGGGGAAAGUCGAGCGAGCAGGGCAUCGAGGGAUUCAACGCGCUCUUCAACAAAGUCGAGAGGAGAUACAGCACUGUUAAGAAUCUUGAGCUUCGAACCAUUCUCAUGCGCCAAUAUUUCGGCAAUUUGAAUUAUCUAUUCGAUUGCGGAGAAAAUUGGGACAACGAUGACUAG